AUGGUUAAUUCAUACAAUUUAUAUUCCAUCACAUAUCAACCAAAUCCAUCAGCCGCAUCAUUGCAACAUAAUUUUCAAAUACCAAGUCGUAUUGCCGAGAGGGAGUUUAUCACAGAGGCGCUUAAGAUAUAUGACGAGAAAGCUUUACUAAAGCCACUAAAGGACAAUAGUGUGGUGCAUUCAAACGAAGAGGCAUUGAAACAAACUUUUAUGAAUACUUUAAUUCUUACUCUUCACGCGGACAUUGAGCCAGAUUUCAGGUAUGGGGAAUGUCAAAUUGGACGGAGCUCGAGGUGGUUGCAGGAAGUAACUAAUGUUUCACUAUCAUUGUUGGAAAAAUCAGAGGAUGAAAUUUUGAGCCUUGAAAUUAGUGAUAAAUACAUUAAAAAUCAAAAGACAGUUAGGGAAGCUUUUGGAAUGGAAGAUUAA